AUGGGCAAGGACAAGGUCGAAAAGAAGGAAAAGCGCUCGGAGAAGAAGGAGAAGCGCGCCGAGAAGGACGGCAUCUCCAAGUCCAAGAAGGACAAGAAGGAAAAGAAGGACAAGACCACUCUCGUCGAUGCGGUAGAGAAGGAGAUUGCUUCCCAGGCCGUUGAGAACGGUGACAACGUCGCUGCUGUCAAUGUGACCGAGAUCGAAGUCGAUGCCAUGGCCGUUGACCGUCCUGUCGGCGCCGUUGUGCCAUUCGCGAACCCGUUGGUCGAGGACAAGCAGGCCAAGAAGGUGCUCAAGAGCGUCAAGAAGGCUGCUGUCAACAAGUCCCUCAAGCGUGGUGUCAAGGAAGUUGUCAAGGCUCUCCGCAAGUCUCCCAUCCCCGCCGCCAAUGUCAAGGUCGACAUUCCCUCUGGCGUUGUCAUUCUCGCUGCCGAUAUCUCUCCCAUGGACGUCAUCUCUCACAUCCCCGUUCUCUGCGAGGAUCACGGCAUUCCCUACGUUUUCGUCACCUCCCGUGCUGAGCUCGGUGCUUCCGCUGCCACCAAGCGCCCUACCAGUGUUGUCAUGGUGACUCCCAAGUCCGCUAAGAACAAGAAGCUCGACGAGGGUGCCGACGGCGAGGACUUCAGCAAGGUCUUCGAGGAGUUGGCUAAGCUCGCCGAGAAGGAGGGAAAGAGUGUUCAGGUCUAA